AUGGACUCCAGGAAGCGGCCGCCGGAGGCUCCCUUCUCCCGGGCUGCGCGCCCACCGCGCUCUCGGCUGCGGGUGCGAGUCCCGGCCGCGCUCCGCACUUCGUCUCCGGCGCCACCGCACGCCCUUGGCCUUCGCCCCGGCCUGCCGCCCUUCCCGGGCCCGGGCGUCCCUCGCGAGGCGAGACUCGCUGUCGGCAGGAAAAGUUUUCUCGACGAGGGCAGGCGUGUCCUCCUCACCCAGGGGAGGCGCGGGUUCUGCAGCUCCCGGGCCGGAGCCGCGCAGCUAGGUCAGAGGAACCGAGGAGGAAGGAACAGGGUCGCGAGGGGACUGGCCCUACAACUUCUAUCCGGGACGGUCGGACCCGCCCCCGCGGCACCGCCCCCGCCUCCCCCUACUGAGCCCCUUCCUGCCGCCGCCGCCACCGCCGCUGCCGGACCUGUGUGCACCCUGGGCUCCGGGACGCUGGGAUCGAGGAGUUUCCUCAGAGCUGGCGUCCGCUCGCCAACCUCUCCAGCCCCUCGCCGCCCCUACCUUUCCCCUCCCGGACCGGGGCUGCGCCGGGAGGCGCAGGGGGCUGGCGGCGGCGGCAGCGCGGGGAGGAGGAAAAGGAGAGCAGGGAGGAAAAGACCGUCCCCGGAGAGAAGCCCGCUCCAGCUGCAGCCGCGAGCCCCCUCCCUUUUUCCCGCCCCACAAACGCGGAGACGGCAGCGGCAGCGACGAAAGGAAGCGCCGGUUUUCCAGCGCCACUUGGCGCUCCAGCACCGCCCGCCACGAGCAAGAGGAGACAGCGGCGGCGCGGCGGCCGCUGGGUCAAUAGGCGCCUGCAGCCCCGGAGCCGAGCAGGCGGCUGACCCCGCCCCCUCCCGACGCACUGAGAUGAGGGGGCGGGCCCCCCGGCGCCCAAUCACAGUGCGCCGCCCGCCGGGCCCGCCCCGCGCCUGCCUCCCAGUGUCCCAGCGGUAGGAAGACCUCACAAGGCUUUUGUGACCUGGCAGGCAGCUUUCUGGGAGUUGAGGCCUUGGGGACAUUCAGGCGCCAGCACUCCACGCCCAACAGGGGUUGAGCUUAUACCCCACUUCCUUUUGUUGCCCAGGUUUCCUAUGCUAGGACACUCGGGCCCGGCGUGCGUGAAAGAGUACUUGGUGAAGGGCUGGAGGAAAUGCAAGAGAAGAGGGCUGCACAUUCCGUUCUGGCUAUUUCCAACUUUGGUGACAGCCUGUUGAAACCUGGGGGAAACGAGUCUGACAAAGGGCCCUCCAGGCAGAUGUAGACAUCUGACUACGAUAUCCAUGAGUGUAAUCUGAGAAGUGAUGCUUGCGCCAGUUAUUGAUUUAUUGCCUCUCAACUCCAAAUUCACCCUUUUUGACUGCACUGUGAAAAUG